AUGUCCUGGAAGCUCACUAAAAAGUUGAAGGAGACCCAUCUGGCUCCCCUGACCUCCUCCUUCGGCCGCUCGUCCUCUACGUCCACUAUCAAGGGCGAAAACGGCGAUGAGGCAACGACGCCCGUGUCAUCCAACCCGCCCAGCAUCGCCUCCGCCACACCGUCAACAAACGGAAUUCUGGCUUCUGAGUCUCUCGUUUCUCCUCCUGUGGCUACUGUGAACCCAGGUAUCCUGAUCGUUACUCUCCACGAAGGGCGCGAUUUUUCACUGUCCCCUCAUUUUCAACAAAUAUUCGCCAACCAUUUCCAAAAUAACUCCUAUGCGCCCUCCUCCUUACGUCCGAGCACCUCUUCCUCAUCCCACUCGGCCCAAAACCAAGCGGGCUCGUUUGUGCAGUCGGGCCGCCCGCAGUCUACCAGCGGGGGAAUCAAUGCCGCCCCCACUAUCCACGGUCGCUAUUCCACCAAGUACCUCCCUUACGCCCUCCUCGAUUUCGAAAAGAACCAAGUUUUCGUCGAUGCUGUGUCGGGUACACCCGAGAGCCCGCUUUGGGCUGGCGACAACACGGCGUUCAAAUUCGAUGUCCCGGCCUGGCGCCGGACGGAGUGA